GCCCGGACAUGAUCCCUAUUGGAUACAUCAGCCAACGUGGAUUACAUUACAGUUCAGGAGUCUGACAUCAUCACCUGUCUUGAUCUCAACUGGAAAGGCAGCUACAAAGAGACUUUGCUGACGUCACCAGGAAACUAGAAUAAAUACAAAGGUGAGGACCAGAGCGAAGGCAAAAAGAAGGAAGAACGGAAUGAGGCAGGUGUAUCAGCAGGAGCUGCUUUCAUAUACACUCAUUUAGUCACUCUGGAACUGAGUAUGGCCGGCAUUUUGCAGUAUUGUUUUCUGAUCCUGAUUUUCGGCAUUCCGACGCACACAUGUGCGGCAGUAGUCCAAAAUGCAAAGUGCGUCAGAGAGGAACCCUGUUUUGAUCUACACUUGUUGGCUAAUAUGGCCGAGCGUGUCAGCAAAGACGUGACAGCUGCAGAUGGUGAGAAGAUCCUCCUGAAGCACAGAUCCUUUGACAAAAUUGGGAAAAGGAGAAAUCUUCACAGCUGCGUCCUGCAGAAAAUCAUCAAACUAUUUCAUGAUGUUCUCGAUAAGACGAAGGGGAACUACGUCCCUAAAGAUGAGGAAAUAAACCACCAUCUUGAGCUUAUACACGUUAUGGAUCGACUCAAAAACUGUUUAUAUGAGACAAAAGAUAAAUGUAAAAAGCUAUAUAAGAUGGCAGACAUAACCACAACUUCCUCUCCAGCGAUUCCGGAGAAAAACAUGAACCCGAAUCAGCUUGCUGUCUUACAGCUGCAAAAACUGAAGUAUGCCAGUGAAAGGCUCAGCAAUGUGGAUAUCCAGGAAAUGGUCAUGGAUGAGCUAAAAUCCCUUCAUCUCUACAUGAGGGGAAAAGGCUUCCGGAAAAAUACGAACGACUGAAAAAGAAGCAUGUCGUUCCAGCCUAAGAUGUGUUAUGUCACCUGAUCACUUUACACUCUUAAAAAUAAAGGUGUUUCACGAUGCCAUAGAAGAACUUUUUUUGUCUAAAUGGUUCCAUUAAGAACCUUUAACAUCUGAAGAACCUUUCUGUUUCGCAAAAGGUUAUUUGUGGCAAAAGAAGGUUCUUCAGAUUAUAAAAAGGUAAGAAAGAGAUGGUAGUUUAAAGAACCUUUGACUGAAUGGUUCUUUGUGGAACCAAAAUGGUUCUUCUAUGGCAUCGCUGUGCUUUUAAAGCACCUUUAUUUUUAUGAGUGUAAGAUGUGCCAGUUUAAGCAGGGACAGAAUAACAAGCUAUCUCUUCUAAAUGAGACCAACUUAUUUUUCUGACUUUUUUUUUAUUCCUAACCAGGUAUUUUAGUUGUUCGUGCUUUUAGUGCAAAUGUCUUUGUUGCUUUUUUAAGUAAUGAGUAUUUAAACAGUAUAUGCAUAUUGCUUACGUACUUUCGGUGAAAGAUUGAGUGUACUGCAGUAAACGCAGGUGAAAAAAUAGACAAGAUAUAGAUAAUUUUGUCAAUGAAAACACAAUAUACAUGUUUUUCUUUGUAUUCUAUUGCAUUCAUUUGUCUGCUCAGUAAAAUAUUU